UAAUCUAAUUAUCUGUUCCUGUAAUCUUGAUCAUAAUUUCUGCUACUUAGCUAAGGUCAUUGCAAAGGAGCCUCUUUAGUACCAGAGCAGAAAGGACCUAGUGGCUCCCUGACCUUUACUUUAGAUAAGAUGUUAAGCAACACGUCUCUCUCAACUAGGAAAUCUUUUCCGAAUGAUCAUUGCCACUAUCAUGAGUUAUGAGUAAUGGAAAUCUUUAGUGAACACUCCCCCCAACUACGUAAUUCCAUCCUGUUCUAGGUCAUUUACCCAUCUGUAUAGAAAGCCAGAACAUAUAAAGCCCAGUUACCAACCAGUGAGAUACCCAGUCGGUUGCAACUGAUUUUCAGCAGAAUGUCGCCUUCCAUCUUUACAUUAUUAAUCUUUGUCCUUCUUGUCUUGCUAUCAAUAAUGUGGUGGAAAAAGAACCUUAAGGAUCGUUCCCUGCUUCCUCCUGGACCAACACCUCUUCCUUUUCUUGGGAACUUACUUCAAGUGAAACCAAAAGAAUUUUUGAAAGCACUUGAUAAGCUCAAAGAGAAACAUGGCUCCGUCUUCACUGUAUAUUUUGGAGCUCGUCCAACAGUAAUACUUUGUGGGUACCAGACAGUCAAAGAGGCCUUGAUUGACCAAGCAGAUACCUUUAGUUCUAGAGGAAAGAUGGCCUUGGCAGAACAUAUACUAAAAGGAUAUGGAAUUACAGGCAGUAAUGGGGAAAGAUGGAAACAACUCCGGCGAUUUGCUCUAACCACAUUAAGGAAUUUUGGAAUGGGAAAAAGAACUAUUGAGAAGAGGAUUCAGGAGGAGACUACAUUCUUGAUAGAGGAGUUUAGAAAUGCUGAAGGCAUGCCUUUUGACCCUACAUUUUAUCUUGGUUGUGCUGUAUCCAACAUCAUCUGCUCCAUUGUGUUUGGGGAGCGAUUUGAUUACAAUGACAAACAGUUUCUCUUCCUCCUCAAAAAUAUCAACAAAGUGUUACGCUUUAUGAACUCUACAUGGGGAGUGGUAUUUUUCACUUUUGACAAGAUCAUGUGUCACAUCCCUGGUCCUCAUCAAAAGGCAAUGAAGCAUUUGGUUGACCUCAAGGCGUUUGUCCAACAGAGAGUGAGGGAAAGCAAGGAGAUUUUGGACAUCAAUUCACCUCAACACUUUAUAGACUGCUUUUUAAUCAAGAUGCAGGAGGAACAGGAGAAUCCCCACUCUGAGUUUCAUAUGGACAACCUGAUAGGAUCUGCUUUAAAUUUAUUUUUUGCUGGUACAGAGACUGUCAGCACAACCCUACGAUAUGGAAUCUUAAUUCUGCUCAAAUGGCCACAUAUACAAGGAAGGAUCCAAGAAGAGAUUGACGAUGUGAUAGGCCGCCAACAGUGUCCAAAAAUUGAAGACAGAAGCAAGAUGCCUUAUACUGAUGCAGUCAUCCAUGAGAUCCAGAGAUUUAGUGACAUUGUUCCUACAGGGCUCCCCCACACAGCAACACAAGAUACCACAUUCAGGGGCCAUACUAUACCCAAGGGGACAGAUGUAUUUGCGUUGCUAACCACUGUGCUGAAGGAUCCUGAGGUGUUUCAAAAUCCAGAGGAAUUUAAUCCAGAGCGCUUCCUAGAUGAAAAUGGUAUACUUAAGAAAAGCCAAGCUUUCAUGCCAUUCUCUGCAGGUAAACGUAUGUGCCCUGGUGAAAGUCUUGCUCGGAUGGAGAUCUUCCUCUUUCUUACCACUCUGCUCCAGAAAUUCACUCUAAUACCAACGGUGCCUUCUGUGGAUCUUGAUGUCACCCCUGAAAUCAGCAGUUCUGGCCACCUACCCCGCGAAUACAAAAUGUGUGUCCUGCCACGACAAUAGCAUGUCCCUUUCACAAUCAAUACUUGAACAUUUAUUAUUUAUUAUUAUUGCUUUCUGUUUGUAUUAUUAUUAUUAUUAUUAUUAUUAUUAACAAUGAAAGAACUACCCAGUACGAGAAUAUAAACUAAUUUAUUUUUCAAUAAGAGUUCAUAGGGUUCAGUAAGGGUUCAUAGGUGCCAUCUCUACAGCUAACUGUUUUCCUGUAAGCAAUUACUUAUGCAAUUGAAGCCAAUCUGUACCUGGCUUCAUCUGUGCAUGUGUUUGCAUUCAUGUGCAGUGAAGAGUUAGUUGCUCAAAAUGGCAUCUGUAUACCCUGCUGUAUUUGGGGGGCGAACCCAAGUCAUGAAUCCUACAGUUACACUGAGUAAAAUAAACAAUAGGUUACCUGAAAGCAGUUCCAUUGUGAAGUGCUGGCUCUUUUCGAAAGCACAGGAUCAGGAACAAUGCACUGAGAUUGCUGCCUAGACACCAGUACUACAACUUAAAAAUACAUUUAAUAAUAUUAUUUUAAAUGGUAGAGUGAAUUAUUCGCUGUGUAUACAGUGCAAUUUUGUAUAAAAAAAAACUACACCAUAAAAAUCAUGGCACAGUAACUUUAAUAUUCAGGAUAAUAAUAUAAUAGUGACACCUGUUAACUAAAGUGUGGUACAUCACAUAAAUGAUCUGUGACAAAAAUAAAGCCAGACAAAAUACACACACAUGGUUGUUAAUCUUUGAUAUCUUUAGCAACAGUAUACAUACAGUAGGUAAGAUUAAUAUUGGGCUUAUUAAGACUAUCAGUAAAAGAAACUAAAUCACCCCCCCCCCCCCCACACACACACACUUUUCUGCCAUAGGAGAGUGACCAGUCUUUCCACAUCUAUUUUUUAUUUGAUAUUUCUUGUUUCUUUGUUCUCAAAUUAUCUAUUCAUUUGUAUGAUUAUUUGAAUGUUUGUAUGACCACUUUUGGAUGUUAGCUUGUUUCCCUCCUUUUCAAAUUCACUACAGGCAUUCACUCUAGAGCAAUGCUUCCCAAACUGUCCCUUGGUUGGUGCCUCAGUUAAAAUGAGGGCUGGGAAGUAUUCCUUUGUGGUCUCCUGCAUACUUAUGCAAAUAGAAUAAGAUUUAGGGUGAGCCCUUUUUUUAUAUGCUAGAUAUUUUUUCACCUAUGGCUGAAUGGGUGAUACACCACACAUACUCAACUGUCAUUUUCUAAACAACAAAAUAGCAAACCAAAUGUUUCUUAUAUAACUUAUUUGAUUUGUUCACACAUAAAUCUAUAAUCUCUGCUAUACUACUUUGAUGUAAACAGUAGAAUGCCUGGGUAUCAUGUACUGUGAGGUAGAGACCUGCAUAAGUCUGCUAGACCUGCUCUGAACCACAAGUAAACAUAAUGCUCUUUACUUCCUGAGAGAGUCCCACAAUAUGCAAGUUUUCCAUAAGUCUUCAACAGAUAUCUAAGAUUCCAUUGUGAAAGGCAGUGGGACUUUUGUUAACAGGCAUUCCUCAAAGCAAGACCAUACAUCUUGUUAUAUGGUAAUCAACUCUUGCAUUUAUCUGAAAUAAUUCUUCUAUUUAAGGAAAACAAAAUAUAUAAUAAAUAUCAAUAAAGCUAUAAAACACUUAUUAGAA